UCCAUGGAUUUCUCUCUGAUUGCCCUAACACUCGUUAGCUGCUUUGUUUUUUCCUUCUUUCUUCACAAACAAUUUUUCUCAGCUAAAACCCAUAAUAAUAAAAGGGUACCAGAAGUUGCAGGAGCAUGGCCCAUUAUUGGCCAUCUCCACCUCCUCAGUGGACAUCAAAUGCCUCACAAACUUUUUGGCCAUAUGGCUGAAAAAUAUGGGCCCAUUUUCAGAUUGAAGCUUAGUGUAAAUCAAGUUGUAAUUGUAAGUGAUCCCAAAAGGAAUCCGAAAAUACCCAAAGAAUGCUUCACCACAAAUGACAUGGCCUUUGCAAAUAGGCCCAAAUCCAUGGCUUCAGAAAUCUUAGGCUACAAUUGUGUAAUAUUUGGGCUUGCUCCUUAUGGGCCCUACCGGCGAGAGAUAAGGAAGAUAGUCACUACUGAGCUCCUUUCCGCUCGGCAAAUUACAUUAUUUAGCCACGUCCGAGAAUUUGAAGUGAAAUCAGCUAUCAAAGAGACUUAUGAUUAUUGGGUGAAAAAUAAGAGUAGAAAUUUAAAUGGUGUUGUGCAUAUGGAGAUUAAGGAAUGGUUUGGGAAUUUAAUUAUGAACAUUAUGAUAAAGAUGUUAUUUGGAGUACGAUACACGGGUGAAAGAAGUAAGGCUCACAAAGCAAACAGAAGAUUUUUAGAAUUUAUGGGAGCCUUUCUUGUGGCUGAUUUUUUACCUUAUCUAAGACGGCUGGAUAUAGGAGGCCACGAGAAGGCCAUGAAAGAGACUGCUAAAGAAAUGGACUCUCUUCUUGAAUAUUGUUUAGCAAAGCACAGAAGAAAGAGGAAAUUAAGAGGAAUGAAAUCUGGGAAUGAAGAAGAUUUCAUGGAUGUUCUGUUGUCCAUUUGUGAAGACAAAGAUCUUUUUGGUUUUGAUGCUGAUACCGUUAUCAAAUCCACAUGUAUGGCUCUGCAAUCGGUAGGUACAGACCCCACGAACGUAACUCUAACGUGGACUCUAUCUUUACAACUAAACAACUAUCAAGCACUACAAAAGGCCCAAGAUGAACUAGACGCUCAUGUUGGCAAGACCAGAUGGGUCCAAGAAUCGGACAUCAAGAAUUUGGUUUAUCUUCAAGCUAUUGUGAAGGAACCGUUAGGUUUAUAUCCAGCCGCACCACUCUUGCUACCCCACGAGUCCAUAGAGGAUUGUGUUAUUAGUGGAUACAAUAUACCAAAAGGCACACACUUAUUAGUGAACAUAUGGAAAUUUCAUUAUGAUCCUAAAAUAUGGCCAAAUCCACGCGAAUUUAAGCCAGAGAGGUUCUUGACGACUCACAAAGAUAUUGAUGUUAGAGGCAAUCACUUUGAGUUGAUUCCAUUUGGUAGCGGAAGAAGAAUGUGCCCUGGAGUUUCUCUGGGCCUUCAAGUUGGACUCCGGCUAGCUGUGCUGCUACAGGGGUUUGAAAUUAAGAGGCCUUCGGAUGAACCAAUUGAUAUGAGUGAGAGCUUUGGACUGACAAUUCUCAAAGCUUCUCCACUCGAUGUUCAUCUUACUCCACGCUUGGAUUCUAGUCUUUACAAAUGAAAUGCUGGCCUUUUCUGGUCAAAUCAAUAUAUGUAACUAUGCCAAGUACCCUUAGCUUGAUCCAUAUCGAUGCAACUCCAGGAUGCCUUACGUACUAGUUUGUAGAA